AUGCUUCUCGAGCAUCUGAACCCCUGGUACCGCCCACCGUCCGAAUUCGACCCAGCAUCCCUAGCCGCCCUCUCAUUCCAAGCGCCCGUCAAGCUCCUACUCCACCACACCUACCAGUUCCUCAGCCAGCUGCACUCGACGCCCAAGCCCCGCCAGGACCUUCCCAUACGCGUCGUGUGCAUAUCAAACACGCACAGCCAGAUCCCCGACCAUGUCCCCGAUGGCGACGUGCUCAUCCACGCUGGCGACAUGACCAACGAGGGCAGCGUGGCCGAGAUACAAAAGCAGAUUGACUGGCUGAGCGCGCUGCCGCACCGGGAAAUCGUAGUCAUUGCCGGGAACCACGACACGUUUCUCGAUCCGAGGGUGCGGGCUUCGCUGCCGGAAGCGCAGCGUCGAGGCGCGUUGAAUUGGAAGAGAGUGCAUUACUUGCAGCAUCGACGCGUCAGUCUCACAAUCAAGGUCCAGCCACGUGUGCAUGGCGACGACGAUGCUGUUGCUGGUAUCAGUGUGAACACGCCGUUGCUGGCUGCGGAGCAGUGCCAGAGACGCAUACGUAUAUAUGGCGCGCCGCAGAUACCCGCCUGUGGGCCGAUGAAUGUUCACGCGUUCCAGUACGAGCGGGGUCAAGAUGCGUGGUCCGAGACUGUGCCUGAGGACAUAGAUAUUCUGGUCACGCAUACACCACCGAAAUUCUACCGCGACCUUUCGUUGCCAGUGGGCCUGGGCUGCGAGCACCUGCUGGCCGAGGUUCGGCGUGUGAAGCCUGCUCUACAUGUCUUUGGUCACGUACACUGGGGGGCUGGACAGACGGUCGUCUGGUGGGACAAGGCACACGAUGCCUAUGUGCAAGGGCUAUCAAUCCAGUCCAAAUGGACUCGUGGGCUGUUGAACCCAAUCCUAUGGUGGAAUGUCGUAAGGGUCAUAUACCGCGGCAUAAGGGAACUACUAUGGGAUCGUGUAUGGGGAGGCCAAAGUCCCAAUACUAUCAUGGUCAACGCAGCCCAGAUGCAUGGAAACACAGGGCGUCUGGCCAACUCCAUCCAAGUCGUCGACAUCUAA